AUGGUAAAUCACAACAAGUGCCUCGUCCACGUCUUGUCAUGUCACGAAUGGGACAUCACAACAGUGGAAGGAGUAGGGAACCGCAGGGACGGCUACCAUUCGAUACAGCACCGACUAGCCGCCUUCAACGGGACUCAGUGCGGCUACUGUACCAGCGGAUGGGUGAUGAAUAUGUAUAGUUUAUACAAAAACGCAACGAAGAAACUAACGACACAGGAAGUGGAGAACUCAUUCGGAGGCAUUAUGUGUAGAUGUACUGGGUACAGACCUAUUCUAGACGCCUUUAAGAGCUUUGCAAAUGAUGCUGAUCCAUCUCUGAAGAACAAAAUACAAGACUUAGAAGAUCUGGGACGUAUUAAAUGCGCCAGAAAAUGCAGUCGCAAAUGUAGCGAGUCUGAUGAUGAGUGGUGUAUGAUAGAGAACGCCCCUCAGAGGCUGAUAAGCUUGGAAACUACGGGAGGACGGUGGUACAAAGCGUACACAGUUCAAGAUGUUUUUCAGAUUUUAAGGCGGGAUGGUUCCAAUAACUACAGCCUGGUAGCUGGUAACACAGGACAAGGAGUAUAUCCAGUUUUAAACGAGCCAAAGAUCUUUAUAGAUAUAUCGUCAAUAGAGACUCUGAAGAAUUCGUUCUCGGAUGCGAAUCUGGUGAUCGGAGCUGGUAUGUCGCUUACAGAGGUGAUGAAGCUCUUCCGAAGAUGCACUAGCAGCGAGGAGUUCCAAUACCUUGACAUGUUUUAUAAGCACUUGGAUUUGGUUGCGCAUGUGCCAGUUCGAAACAUCGGCACCUUGGGUGGCAAUAUAGCUAUGAAGAAUAAAUACCAUGAGUUCCCUUCGGACGUGUUUCUAUUGCUGCGAACAGUUGAUGCCACUGUUACUUUAAUGAAUAGGGAUUUAAAGAAAUUCGAGUUGAGAAUGCGAGAUUUCCUAAACACUGACCUUCGGGAUAAACUAAUUGUAGACGUGAAGUUACCUCCACUCGCUGCCAACAACUUAAUUAGGACCUAUAAGAUCAUGCCUCGCGCCCAAAACGCACAUGCUAUAGUCAACGCCGGCUUCUUAUUCAAAGUAGAUGCAAACCAAAAUGUCCUAUCUGCGAAUAUAGUUUACGGCAACAUUAGUUCUACUUUCAUCAACGCUAAGAAUACAGAGAGUUCUCUAUAUCGUUCUUCGCUGUUUUGUAACGAAACUCUAAACAAAGCUUUAAGGAAACUGGACGAAGAGAUAACACCGGUAGAUGUCCCUCCCGAGCCAUCGCCGUCAUGUAGGAAAAGCAUUGCUUUGGGAUUGUUUUAUAAGGCCAUUCUAUCUUUAGCUCCAUCAGUAAAUCCUCGGUACAAAUCUGGCGGUACGAACCUGGAGCGCGCCGUGUCACAGGGCACGCAAGUGUACGACACAGAUAAAUCUCUGUGGCCCUUGAACGAACCAGUGCCGAAGAUUGAAGCUCUUAAACAGUGUUCCGGUGAAGUGAAGUACGCAUGUGAUGUGCCCGUGGAACCGCGAGGAGUACACGCAGCCUUCGUACUGUCUACCAUUUCUUUGGGAGAAAUAGAGAGUUUCGAUGCAACGGAUGCUUUGAACACUCCAGGAGUCAUAGCAUUCUAUACUGCAAAAGACAUACCGGGUAAAAACACAUUCACACCGCUCGACGUUCCCUGGCAAAUAGUCAAUGAAGAAAUACUCGCCUCCAAAAAGAUAAGUUAUUAUGGACAACCCAUCGGUGUAAUUGCGGCCACAUCGCAUCGGUUGGCUCUUGCGGCAGCAGAGUUGGUGAAGGUCAGAUACAUUCAGUCGAAAGCGAAGCCUGUUUUGACAGUUAGAGAGGCUUUGGUUGCGCCGGACAAAGAUAAGCGGAUCCGUCAAGAAGCAGCAAUCAUUCCACAACGCAGAGGCACAGAUAUUACGCACGUGAUCAAGGGCAGUUUCACGGUGCCUUCCCAGUACCACUUCAUGAUGGAGACGCAGUGCUGCACCGUCAGCUAUUCCUCCACCGCGCUGGUGGUCAGAGCCGCUACGCAGUGGAUGGACAUCGUCAACGUGGCUGUAGCACAGGCCUUGGAUAUUGAUGAAAAUAAUGUGACCGUGGUAGUGCCACGGUUAGGGGGCGGUUACGGUGGGAAAGCAUCCCGCUCGUCGUUAAUAGCGUGCGCGUGCGCACUAGUUGCGCAUAAACUAAAUCGCAGCGCGACCCUCGUCUUGCCGCUGACACACAAUAUGACGGCGAUCGGCACCAGGCAACAGUGCGAGUGCGAUUAUGAAGUAAAUCUCCUCUCAUUAAUAAGAUAGUUAAAUAAAUUAUUUCUUAUCCUCCCUCGAGACAAGUAUUAAUUUCUUAUUUUCAUUAUGUCAUCACGCUGAAGUUGUUACAUAUCCUCAUGCAUUCCAAGGAUGACAUGAACUGUUUA